CAAUUUUGCUCUUCUUCUCCUUUCUUCCCGCUGCAGCCACUCGAAAGAAGAAAAAGAAAGAGAACCCAGCCAUGCCUUUGAGAAACCGGUAAAGCUUGAUGAUUUUCCCUUCUUUUCUUGUUCUAGAACCUGAUUUGGAACCCAGAAAUCUCCCCCUGCAGGAAGCUUCCGGAUCUGCUCUGUCCUUCCUCCCCUGUCCGCCGGCUGCUCUUGCUUGUGGGGUAUUACGUGAUUCUUCCCUGCACUUGCCGCCGGCUUCUCUCCCAAACUGCAGCUCGGUUUUGCUUGCUAAAUUAUGGUUCUUGAUCGUUCUGUCAGUUUAGUACGUGGAUUGAGUGCUCGGUUUUAUGCGAGUGAGGUAAGUAAAUUUAUGGUAAUGCCCGUACUGUUUUAAAAGCAUGUUUUGAUUUGUUUUUGAAGUGGUGGCGGGACUAAACCCGUUUUACACAAAUAUGACUGAUUUGAAGUGAAAUGUCUUAUGCUUUUCAUUAAAUUGAGCAUGCCUACUUGAAAUUUAAUUGAUUGUCCCGAUGAUUUGAAAGUGAUUAGUGAAUUAUGAAUUUUCUGUUAACUUCUGCCUGUUUUGUCUCCGAUACGGUCAUGUUAUCCUGUUGCCCGCUAGUGGGAGGUCAAACGCUAGCACAUGUCGACAUGUUCCUGAUAGAACCGGUUCAUUCCUGUAAUCCUGCUAGUGGGAGUUAAACACUAGCAAUUCCUGUUGCCUGCCAGUGGGAGGUUUAAACACUAGCCAUGACCUAUAGAGGAGACGUCUAUUUCGUUCUCGUACCGUAUCUGUUUUCGUGAUUGUACUUGUUGGCAUGCUACAAGUUUAAUUAAGGGCACUCCAUAUUUUACUUACUGAGUUUAUCUUAUAGUUUUUCCUUGUCCACCAUUUCAGGAAGUGAAACCGAGGACGGGGAAACCACGGGAAGUGACGAGUUAGAAAGCUAGCCAUUUCGCAAUUGAUAUAGAUUUUAGAAAUAAAUCAUGAUCUUGUAAGCUAGAGUGUAUUUGGAGAUUUUAUGAUAUCAGAAAAUUUUUAAAGAUUUGAUCUUCAGAUUUUGAUGGUAUCAGAUCGUGGUGUGAUAAGUUCCGAGCCUUGUGCAUUUGUGGGACCCGUCUCACGAGUGCACGGCGUCUAUCACGCCUCGGAUUUGGGUUCUGGGGCGUGACAGGAGCCAUCCUAAUUUUUCAUGGAGUAAUAAUCAAGUCAGAUUACC